AUGAACGACUUUGACGAGUGCGGCCCGAGCGCAGCCAGCAUGUACCUGCCCGGCUGCGCCUACUAUGUGGCCCCGUCGGACUUCGCCAGCAAGCCGUCGUUCCUGUCACAACCGUCGUCCUGCCAGAUGACUUUCCCCUACUCUUCCAACCUGGCGCCGCACGUCCAGCCAGUGCGCGAAGUGGCCUUCCGCGACUACGGCCUGGAGCGCGCCAAGUGGCCAUACCGCGGCAGCGGCGGAGGAGGUGCAGGGGGCGGCGGCGGCGGCGGCGGCGGCCCUGGCGGGGGCGGCGGCGCCGGCGCCGGUAGCUACGCUCCCUACUACGCUGCAGCGGCGGCGGCGGCGGCGGCGGCGGCGGCGGCCGAGGAGGCGGCCAUGCAGCGCGAGCUGCUCCCGCCCGCGGGCCGCCGUCCGGAUGUGCUCUUCAAGGCGCCGGAGCCGGUGUGCGCCGCGCCCGGGCCGCCGCACGGCCCCGCGGGCGCCGCCUCCAAUUUCUACAGCGCCGUGAGCCGCAACGGCAUCCUGCCGCAGGGCUUCGACCAGUUCUACGAGGCUGCACCCGGGCCCCAGUUCGCCGGACCGCAGCCCCCUCCGCCGCCCGCGCCGCCGCAGCCCGAGGGCGCCGCCGACAAGAGCAACCCCAAGACGGCGGCCAGUGGCGGCGGGGGAAGUCCCUGCGCCAAGACGACCCCCGGCUCGGAGCCCAAGGGGGCGGCAGAGGGCGGCGACGGCGAGGUGCCCCCAGGGGAGGCGGGGGCUGAGAAGAGCGGCGGCGCAGUGGCCCCCCAGCGAUCCCGAAAAAAGCGCUGUCCCUACACCAAGUAUCAGAUCCGCGAACUGGAACGGGAGUUUUUCUUUAACGUGUACAUAAACAAAGAGAAAAGACUCCAACUUUCUCGGAUGCUCAACCUCACUGACCGGCAAGUCAAAAUCUGGUUCCAGAAUCGCAGAAUGAAAGAAAAGAAACUGAACAGAGACCGUCUGCAGUAUUUCACUGGAAACCCCUUAUUUUGAGAGCUCCAGGAAGCACCCCUCUCCCCUGAGCCCCACUCACCCACUCUCCUCCCCACCAGCCUGCCCUGGGCAGGCCCAAUGUCCUUGGGUUUAAUGAUGCCUCUUCUCUGUGGAACUACACGAUUCCUUCCCACGGUCAACUCGGGACCUCCCAGCGACCACUGCAGCCUGCGGACGAGGUCGGGGACUUGGCCGAACGGAUCCUAAUA